CACAGAGAUGUUCUGUGGUUUCGACUGGCAGAAUGACCCUGAUCUAACCUAAACAUCUGCAAAUAACAACAACAGAAACACACAAACAAGAAUAAACCAUAAUAAGUUUAGUUUCAGUUAGAGUUUUAGUUUAGUAAACUGUACUACCUAGAUGUAGUUUGGAGAGCCAACGCAAAAGGGAGGUAACAUCAACGCACUGGCUACAAAUGGCAAUUUACUGCAGCAGGAGCGCUUCCUUGUACCCUUCAACACUUCUAAUUCUAGCACUUAAAAAAUUACAACCCUGUCCGUGUUUUCACCUACAUCAGCCCGCUAAAGACGAACCAGGAGUAUUGGAUGAAUUUACUUCCCAGUUAGUGCAGCGACAACGGUCCAAAUGGCAAUAUCGAACUAGUCUUGCUCAAUCCAACAUCAAGCAGAUAUCAAUUGAACGCGUUGGAAACUCCAUAAAAAUCCUUCACGAUGUGAAUGCUCUACUACAAAACGCCAUUAACUCUAGUGAUAGUGCUGCAAUAGGAGAUUUAACCAACCACUGCAUUAAAUAUGACAAGGCCCCUUUUCUACCGGUGCUCAUCGAAGCCCUAUCUGUGUGUUCUCGUUGUGGUGACAAAGACGCAAUAGUAAAAAUUGUACAGCUCUUUGAAAAAACCAGGCCAGAGUUUUUACACGAGUAUUCCAACUUUGAACACUACAAAGCUGAGGCAAUUUGGAUUAAAGGCGACAUCACAAAGUCACUGACUAUUUUUGAAAAGGUUUAUAAGGAAAACGGAUUUUUGAGACCGAAAGUUCGGAGUACUCUAAAGCACCUAAUUCGUAAUAGCAUAGCAAAUCAUAGUGAAGCCACUCUAGUAAACCUUCUACACUUCUCGGAGAUGCUUGCUGAACAGUACGACGACUACUUCGCCUUAGAUUGUCUUUGGCAAGCUUGCAUGCUCAGUGAAUGGUUUUCAGAUCACCAAAUUGCCUUAGGCCUGUUGGAUAAGUACGAGGGUCUCUGCAGUAUAAUUGUUAAUAAAAUUCCCUUUAUAGUAAAAGUAUCCUUAAAGCAAAACCGAACUGGGGUUGUGCACACUCUUAUCGAGGUUCUGCUGAGGUUUAAAAUGGAAGCAGAACUUUGCCAAGUGAUGCUCAGUCUAAUAGAUUAUUGGAUUCGGAUGGGCGAUUAUCGUCAAUGUAAGGAAGUUGCAUCCUGGUCAGUCCGGAAUGAUGUAAAACUUCCCGCUGUAUAUAAAAAUAAAAAGCUAAUGAAACUCCUAACUGGGGACAUUAAGCAAACGGAAGACAUCUUCGAAACCAAAGCAACCAAACCAAUCCCCAAGGACUUCACGUUUUAGUCGCCCAAAAGGUGGCACUACGCAGCUUUCGGUAAGCUUAGCAUGACUUUGCCCCUAGUUGCCAUGUACAUGUAGAAUUUUUAUUCUAUAAUAAUCUUCUUAAAUUUUGACGACAUUAAGAGCGUACUCUUCUUUACUGAAUGCACAUCUCUGAAGUUGUAGACUAUUUUUCGUUUCUGAGAAAUUUGUUUUUGAAAAACUCAAUUCAAAAUGUGUCCCACAAGUUCUUUGAAAUCCAGCGAAAGUUCACUUGACGAUGAGUGAAAUUCAAAAUUUUCACGACAUUUAGAGCACACUAUUAUUUACUGAACACACAACUCUGAACUUGUAGAGUAUUUUUCGUUUAACUCAUCGCGUCUCUCUGUGCCGCACUUUUAAUUACGCUUAGCAUUUAACCGAGGAACGGAUUAAAGCUUUACGGGGCCCGUGCAUGGAAUUUCAACAAAACAAGAAAAAAAGUCACAUUUUUUAGGACUAACAUUUUACCAAAUGGAUCACUGCAACUCUGUGCCAACUCCUGAAAAUUAACUGGGCUACCCAUACCUAACUAAUAACUAAUAUCGAAUACUGAGCAUUUGCCUAGCCAGGUUUAUGUGAACACCCUGUACAUAUAUAGAAUCAAACAAAUUUAUACAGGGUGUCAAUUAUAGAUUUUUUCCGCCUUAAUGAACCGGUGUGCGUUGAGGUGAACUGUACUUUUCGCUGAUUUUAACAAAUUUCUUAAUAUGGACUUUUAUACCAAGAGUUUUAAGAAUUAAAGCUUUUGAAACGAAACUAGAAGAAUUUUGCGGAGAAAUUUUUAGUAUACGUGCCCCGCCACUAAGUUUGCAGUUGCAGACAAAACAGUCCAAAUAAUAGUUUAAAUAUUUUCCGACUUAGUAACUAUGAAAUAAAAAAGCUUGUUGAGUGUCACUCUGUAGAUUAAAUAGCUUGAAGGACUGUCUAUAAUUUGUAAAAAUAAACAAUCAUUAGACUAA